CAGAUAUUUACAAAUACAUGACGCUUCUAAAUAUGCAACAUUAUUAUGGCUUCAAACAAAUAUUCUUAGAAAGCUGUAGUCAAUUAACCACGUGGUGCUUCAAACAAGAGAUUUGCUGCUCUCCACACAAAAAUCCAUAUAAGUUCGGUGUAAUCUAAUUAUUACGAGUAUGAAAGUUCAAGUUUCCAACAGAUAAAACAGCGCGUCUACUCAUCCUUAUUAGUUUGACCUUUCUGUUUGUGGUUACUAUUUCGUGUCGGAACAGCACCGUAUCAACUGGGAUAUUUGUGAUUUGUGUGGGGAAAAAAUGAGGCUUAUCGUUGUUACUUUGGCUGCUUUCAUCGGAUUAUGUGUGGCAGACCUUCCCCUGGAAAUUCCACAAAUUCCUAAGUUAGGAGAUUUUGAGGCAGUAAAAGAAAGAUGUGAGAAGAAAGCAGGUGCAGGCACAUACGAAAAGUUGGAGAAAGCCAUCGAGGAAACGAAGACAUGCAUCAAAGAGCUAGUGAACGUAGAAAAAGUGAAAGAAGAAGUAGAAGAAGCUAAGAAGACUGGCUCAAUGGACGAAGUGUUCGGCAGGUACUGCAAGAAGAGGCCAGAGCUGCGCGAGUGUUUCAUGAAAACCUACAACGCUGCUGAGCCAUGUUUGGAAGAAAUUGAAAGGCAGGCGGUCAACACUACGGAACAUAUACUCAACCAGAUUGGUGAUUUUGUUUGUUUCAAGGAUGGCGACAGAAUUGCCAUGUUCGUAGCAGAAGGUGGUGUAGAAUGUUUGAAAUCUCGAACAGACGCAAUCAAAAACUGCGUCAACGACACUGUGAAGUUCAACCCAUCAUCACUAGGAAACUCAAUUCCAAAUCUAUCUAUGGACCAGAAAAAAUGCGAUGAUAUGAAGAAAAUCCAAGAAUGUAUCGUGAAGGACUUGGAAACAGGCUGUGAUGACAGCACCCCAGCCAAUGUAGUAGACGCACUCUUCAGGUUCGUCAAGAAGAUUGCUUGCAAAGAUAUUAAGAAGAGAAGUGUCAGAAGUGUCAUUGAUUACUUCCUCUAAUAUUAUCCAAACUUGUAUCUUAGUUAAAUGAAUUUACAUCUAUUUUUUAAUUGCAUAGAAAACCCAUCACAUAAUUCCGAGACAUUUGUUUGUAGAUAUCCCGAAAUUUUAUUUUUUGAUAUCCUGUCAGUGAUGUAUUGAAGAGACAAUAAAUGAUUUACAAAAAACAAUAUAUACCAUAACUAUCUAAAACUGUAAUGACU